CCUCCACAAAAUCAGCACUUCUCCCCAUUCAGGAUUUUUGGAUUUGAGGAUCUGAUUUUCAGUUUGUUCUGCGGGCUGACAGUGACGCAACAUCUCACACUUCUCUGCACGAGAAAUCCACGCUUAUCGGGGCGUGAACUUGCUCCUUCUUCCCGCUAAUAAAACGCCAUACUUAUAUCCACAAAGCCUCCGUUUUCUUGCAUCCAGCCAAAACACGCGAUCAUGGAUCUGAAAGCGGACUCGGAGGACGUGGACUACAAGGAGCCGGCUCCCAUUGAAGUUUUCGCCAGCAGGUCCACGCUGCACGGCAUCUCGCACAUGUUCACCUACGAGCGGGUGUGCAUCAAGCGCACCUUGUGGAUUUUGUUCUUCCUGGGCUCCGUGGGUGCGCUGGCGCUGGUGUGCGUGGAUCGCGUGCAGUUCUACUUCCAGUAUCCACACGUCACCAAACUGGACGAGGUGGCGGCUCAGCUGAUGACUUUCCCGGCGGUCACCUUCUGCAACCUCAACUCGUUCCGCUUCAGCCGCGUGACGCGGAACGACCUGUACCACGCCGGAGAGCUGCUCGCUUUGCUCAACGGCAGUUCUCCACCUGAUGCUCACUCCAUCGUCACCAGUUGGUCACUGACGGCUGAGGGAGAUGGGUUGUGCCCCCUGCCUCCUCCAUCGGCAGGAUUCAAGAUCAUCCCACUGCUGCUAUGA